AUGCUGAACGGUUUAGACGGCAUAUUAGCUCGGAUAAACUUUGCGGGGGAGCUUAAGGACUGGAUCAGUGUUAACCUGUCCAAGGCCGGUUUUUAUGCACGGGUCAACACUGUCUGGGACGUUCUUUUUGGUGAUGUGUUGUGGUCGAUUUGGUUUCAUCGUAAUAAGCGGAUCUUUGAUCCUGACUGGAGCGAGGUAGAACCAAUUAUGGAGAGAAGCAGGAUACUACAAGGAGAAACGCAGAUGGCUAUUGAGUCGGCCAUGGUUUUUGCAAGCUUGGAAACAGCUCGAUUACUUAAUCAAAAGCGAAGUGUAGGUGUUUCUUUCACUCUCUAUGAUCGAGUUGUUUCCAUGUUGGAGCGGGAUUGGAUCGUUCAUAUUUGCCACAUUAGUAAAGAUGCCAAUCAGGUUGCAGACAAGUUGUCAAAGAUGCUUGUCCCUGGCGUUAUCGCAGCACAGACGUAUCAUGACCCUCCUCUUUACUCUGCCGUUCGUCCAGCUCGACUCCACGGGGUUGAAGUGAUUGCAGACUGA